UCCAUACUUAGUUUUUGUAGGAUUUUCUCACAAAGUAGAUUUCGGAGCUUUCUGAUCAAUGGGUAUCAAUCAAUCAUCUAAUCUUUUUUAUUUUAUCUAUGAUUGAAUAAUGAAGUUUGUCUUCUUUUACAAUUUUGGAUUAUGCCUUAAUGUUUCAGGUAAAAAUAUGUAUAGUAUGAGAAAAAGUUAUUUGGUGUUUCUUUAUUUUUCCCCUCCACCACUCUGCCCACAAGGCAUUGAUUCUCUCUCUGUUUCUUGUUACCGCUAGCUCUCUGCUGUGGUUUUUUAUUUUAUUUUUUCCUAUAUUCCUUGUGUUUCCCAAAAGAUUUCUUUCUUUUGUUGUUUAAAGAAAAAUACUGAAUUUUCUUUUCUUUAAUCUUAUUUAAGUAAUCCUUUUCCAUGGAUGCUACGUCUAUAGUUUCCUCCUUCAUUCCCUUUCUAGUAGUUUUGGUUAGCUGUUGUACACAUUGAAGCAUCCUAUAGUGAAUGAUUCAGAUUCACUUCUUUUAUUUUAUUCCACAUUUUCACAUCAACCCUUUAAUUUUGGUGUAUAAAUACACAUUGCCUUCUCAUAUUUUUACGAUCAUCACUUGUUUGUAUUUUGAAACUUUGAAAGCUCUUAAGAAGACGAAUUACAAAACCUUGAGAGGAUUCAAUACACUUUCAACAAAAAAUGAGUUACUCUCAUCAAAGCAUGGGUUCUGGUAGUAGAAAUGCAAGGGGAUAUGAAUUUGGAAGGACUUAUGUUGUGAGGCCUAAAGGAAAGCAUCAAGCCACUCUAGUCUGGCUUCAUGGUCUUGGUGACAAUGGCUCUAGUUCAUCUCAGCUCAUGGACAGCUUGCAUCUUCCAAAUAUAAAAUGGAUUUGUCCAACCGCUCCUUCGCGUCCUGUUACAAGUCUUGGUGGAUUUACAUGCACUGCUUGGUUUGACGUUGGGGAAAUUUCUGAAGAUGGUCAUGAUGAUUUGGAAGGUUUAGAUGCCUCAGCUUCACAUAUUGCUAACCUUUUGUCCUCUGAACCAGCAGAUGUUAAAGUAGGCAUAGGAGGUUUUAGCAUGGGAGCAGCAAUAUCUCUCUACUCCGCGACUUGUUAUGCUCUUGGACGUUAUGGAACUGGCCAUGCGUAUCCUAUAAACCUACAAGCUGUUGUAGGACUCAGCGGCUGGCUUCCUGGUUGGAAGAGCUUAAGGAGCAAAAUAGAAUGUUCAUUUGAGGCUGCAAGGCGUGCUGCAUCGUUACCAAUUAUACUUACACAUGGAACUUCCGAUGAUGUGGUUCCUUAUAGGUUUGGAGAGAAAUCUGCGCAGUCUCUUGGCAUGGCUGGAUUUCGACUAGCCAUGUUUAAACCAUACGAAGGACUUGGUCAUUAUACCGUUCCCAGAGAAAUGGAUGAGGUCGUUCACUGGCUCACAACGAUGCUCGGACUUGAGGGCUCGCGCUAAACUUUACAGACUGCGAUGCAUGUAGCUAUAUAUGCGAUAUGUACGACACAAGAACAAAUAAUAACCGGGAAUGAAGAGGAAUUGGUGGAGAACAGAAAACUAGUGUAGACUUGAGAUAGUAGAAUGUAUAAUGGUUGGGUUUCUUGGGGGUAUAUAUAUGUCAAGGUUCGUUAUUUUGUUGUAUGUUCUUUUGUCCAUGUUGGAUUCUUGGUCUUGAAUAAAAGGGUUUUAUAUUUAUCUUAUUUCUUUUUGGAAUUCCAAUACUUCCUAAUUGUUGUAAUAAACUGAAAAUGCAUUUUCAG